AAACAGAUUUACUGUAACGACGCGUAAGAAGUUAACGUUACAAAACCUAAAGUUUGGCAGAUAUAACAAGGUAUUAAUAAAUUUUAAUUUUCCUGGUAACAUAUCAGAAGUCACGUGAUAUAACAUAUAUAUAUCUAUCUACCACACGAAAUGAAAACAUCAAUGGAUAUGACACCAUUACUAAUGUUAUUCAUAUUUGCUAUUGUUCUUUCUCCAACCAAUUCUAUUGGAAUUUUGGAUGUUAUUCCUGUAGAUCCGAAUGUUAUUCCCAUAGAUCCGAACGUUAUUCCCAUAGAUCCGAACGUUAUUCCUCUAGAUCCAUUGAAAGACCUUUCAAAGACCAUGGAUAUGUAUUGUGGACUGAGUUGUACCGAAAAAAGAGACUUUCGAUUUUGCUUGAUUGAAAAUGGAUUGCAAACUGUUCUGGAUUUCGCUAAAAACUGUGCUCAAGGACUGCAGUUUUUUUCUACAACAGACGAGUUAACUGAGUUCGUUUGCAAACUCACAGAGGCCUCUCCAGAAGUGUUUGGCGAAUUUCUGAAAUGUCACAGUUCAGCUCAAAAGACCUUCAGUAUUACCAAUCCAAAGGUUUAUCUGAUUAUCGCAAAAUGCCUGGAGACUUCAAAAACAUGUUAAAUUGAAGUAAUUGGAUUUUCUUCUGCACGUUGACAAUUUAUUGAAGAAUUACAUUUAACUGAUCGUUAUAAUUCUUAUUUGAUGUAUAACAAAUUGGUAUAAUUAUAUCAAUAUACAAAAUUGGUUGGUAUAUAAAUUUUUAUUUGUAAUUUGUAGAAUUCUUCUACUCAAUUUCUGGAUAAUGCCUAAUUCUCUGAAAUAAAUUCAUUUUGUUUAGUCAAAAUAGCUAAAA